AUGGCAGCUGGUCUCGAGUCAAUACAGGGAGGCAAGGCCUGGUUCUACUGCAGUCCACCCAUGGUGCUUGGGGAGGCUCCCAUAUACCGCGAGAGCGACUCUACCCUGCACUGGGUCGACUGCCUCGCCGAGCCUCCAAACCUACAGAUCCUCAAGGUAGACCCCGUGACGGGCGACGCCGUCGACGGCACCCACCGCGUCAUCCCGCUCCAAGACAGCGUCACCGUUCACUUCUUCCGCAAGGGCAAGCCCGGCAGCUACAUCUGCGCGUACUACCAGGGCGUGGCCUUCAUGGACGAGGCCACGGGCAAGCUCGACGUGGUCAAGGAGAUAAUACCGACCCAAGACCGGAGUAUACGCCGCUUCAACGACGGCGGCGUCGACGCCAGGGGCAGGUUCUGGCUGGCCGAGAUCGACGUCAAGGCCAUGGCCAUGGGGCCGAACAAGGUUCCCGAGGACUACGGGGCGCCGAUAGGGAGGCUAUGGCGCUAUGAUCCCGACGGUUCGCUGCACAAGAUGGACGAUGGGUUCGUUUGCGGCAACGGUCUCGCGUGGAGCCCGGAUAGCAAAACCAUGUACGUCAACGACUCUACCGCGAUGAUCGUGUACCGCUAUGAUUUUGAUGUCAAGACGGGUGCCAUCACAAACAAGCACAUUUUCAUCGACCGAAGAGAUAGCUAUGGCGAGCCUGACGGGAUGGUUGUCGAUACUGAGGGCAACCUUUGGAUCGCCGUCUGGGCUUCCAGUCGAGUAAUGGUCUUCUCGCCCGAAGGAAGACACAUGAAGGACAUUGUCUUUUCUGCCAGAAACAUGGCUUGUACGACUUGGGGAGGCAAGGACCUCAACAUCUUGUUCAUCGCGUCGGCCAGAGACCGCCUGAAGCUGGGGAGAAAGGACGACGAGGGGGGUCACAUGUUCAAGUACAUCGCACCGCCAGGGACGAAGGGUACGGCCAAGUAUGAGUUUCUUGGAUAG